UUCUCUCUCUUCGUCUCACAUAAUUCACUUGAUUUUUUUUUUGACAACACUAAAGCACUUUUUGUAGACAGCAUUACGCCGAUGGCCAAAGCAGACACAGUAUUGGAGACAGGCAGUGACCCGCGGCCGCGCGGACUGCGGGCGCGGUUCCGACGCAACAACAGCAACCACAGCAGCAACAGCAGCCGCAGCAAGACGGUGGCACAAGUCGACAGCACCAGCAACACCGAGGGCUCAGUGCGGUCGCGAGCUAGCUCACUAAAGUCGUCAUCAUCACACCUGGUGGAUGAGGCCGCUGGGUGGGCUGGCGCUGGGCGAGUUCGAGCCAGGCGAGGAAGAGGUCAUCGAGGAGGACUCUGACGGGCAGACACACCAUGCGGUGGUUGGGUCAGGGGCGAUUGCGCGCAGCACCGAGCCCUACAACAGCGACUCGCAGCUAACGCCCCGGAAUGCGUCCAGGCGGCGCGCAGUGCAUAGCCUGUCGUCGUACGAGAGCGACUCGGCCGGGGUGCGCACGCACUCGAUGGAUGAGGCGCGGAUGGUCGACCAUUCGGACGCGCAGUCGGGGCUGUACUCGUAUGAUGAGAGCGAGGAGCACGAGGUCUUUGACGGCGACGGCGAGCUGAACGCCGUGUAUCUGAAGAGGAAUGCCGACUUCCACACGCUAUUCCGCAAUAUCCCCAUCAACGAAUUGCUCAUUGACGACUACGGGUGCGCGCUGCAGCGUGACAUUCUGGUGCAGGGCCGCUUGUAUUUGACCGAGAACUUUGUCUGCUUCUACUCGAACAUCUUUGGCUGGGUCACCAACCUGGUGAUUGAUAUUGACGAGAUCGUGGCCAUUGAGAAAAAGAUGACCGCGCUGAUUAUCCCGAACGCCAUCCAGGUGUCGACCCUGCACUCGAAGUAUUUCUUUGGAUCGUUCAUCUACCGCGACUCGGCGUACAACCAGCUCAUUGACCUGUGGGGCAAGAGCCGCAACGAGAAGAACGCCGGACUGCCAGAAAUCGGCCACGCCGAGGGCGGCGAUGGCGCGGGUGACGUGUCACGCCAUCGCGGUGAUGUGCUUACAGCAUACCAGAGCCUGAGCGAAGACGAUGAGGAAGAGGAGGAGGAGGACCAGUCGGGCAGCGAAUACUCAAAUGGCAAUUCCAGCGACACCGAGGAUAGCGCCAGCGAAGCCUUGGACAAUGACGAUACCGAGGAGAAGCAGCCUCCGGCUGAGGGGACCGCCGGGCAGGUGGCGCGGGAAGCCCCAAGUGAUGCAAGCCAGGCCAAGGUAGUCCCGGCCGUAAUCCGCACGCAGGCCACAGAUGCUGGCAGCGCAAACGAGGGCAGCGUGGCACGCACCAGCGACCAUGACAACGCCGGCAACAAAUCUGCUACUGAGCCAGCAGCCGCGUCGUCUGUGCAAAACAAGACAGGCAACGGAACACCAGCGUCUGUCACACGGCCGGGUCGUCACAGUCUGUUGCCAGGCCCCCAGCGGCCGGCGACUCUGCAGUGACACUGUCAAAUGGCUUGGCAGCGCCCAAGGCCACACUGCUGGCGCGCCUGCCCAACACGCCAGACGAGAGCGAGCCGGUCUCUGAAGCGAAGCCACAGGUGGGCACGUCGGGUGAGGUGCCGCUGCACAAGCCCACCACGUGCCCAUGCGGAUCCGGCGGCAGCUCAGUGCACUAUUCGACCGAGGCCCUGGAUGCAGUGUUCCCGAUUUCGCUGCCAGUGCUGUUCCGUGUCGCAUUCAGCGGCACUGUGCCUGCUGAUAUCGAAAACAAGU